CUUCCUUUUGUGGGUGGCGGCGAACGCGGAGACAGCACCAUGAAGGCCUCCGGCACACUCCGGGAGUACAAGGUCGUGGGGCGCUGCCUGCCGACCCCCAAGUGCCACGCGCCGCCGCUGUACCGCAUGCGCAUCUUCGCGCCCAACCACGUCGUCGCCAAGUCGCGAUUCUGGUACUUCGUGUCGCAGCUGAAGAAGAUGAAGAAGUCCUCGGGGGAGAUCGUGUACUGCGGGCAGGUGUUCGAGAAGUCCCCGCUGCGCGUGAAGAACUUCGGCGUGUGGCUGCGCUACGACUCCCGCAGCGGCACGCACAACAUGUACCGCGAGUACCGCGACCUGACCACGGCGGGCGCCGUCACGCAGUGCUACCGCGACAUGGGCGCCCGGCACCGCGCCCGCGCGCACUCCAUCCAGAUCAUGAAGGUGGAGGAGAUCGCGGCCAGCAAGUGUCGCCGGCCGGCCGUGAAGCAGUUCCACGACUCCAAGAUCAAGUUCCCGCUGCCCCACCGCGUCCUGCGGCGCCAGCACAAGCCCCGCUUCACCACCAAGAGGCCCAACACCUUCUUCUAGACGCGCCCUGUCGCCCCAAUAACCUAGGGACCCAC